UCUGCCCCGUGUCUACUCCUUUACGCACACACUACCAGAGUCAUCAUGUCUGGAGAGAAAUCCAAGUCUGCUUCCCAGACUGACGGGAAGUCAUCUCAGAAGACCUCUGAGUUUGGCAUGAUGCCCUACAAGAUGUGCGUGUAUGACCAGGAGAACUUCCAGGGCCGUUGUAUGGAGAUCAACAACGAGUGUAUGAAUGUCUGUGAGAUGGGAAUGGACAGGGUGCGCUCCCUGCGCGUCCACUGCGGACCCUUCGUGGGCUUUGAGCAAAUGAACUUCUGUGGUGAGAUGUUCAUUCUGGAGAAGGGAGAGUACCCCCGCUGGGACUCCUGGAGCAACUGCCAGAGGAACGACUACCUGCUGUCCUUCAGGCCUGUCCGCAUGGACCCUGAGAAGCACAAAAUCUGCCUGUAUGAGGUCGGACAGUUCAAGGGCCGUAAGAUGGAGAUCAUGGACGAUGAUGUCCCUAGCCUGUAUGCUUACGGAUUCACCGACAGAGUGGGCAGCAUCAUGGUCAGCUGUGGAACUUGGGUGGGUUACCAGUUCCCUGGCUACCGUGGCAGCCAGUACCUGCUGGAGAAGGGCGAGUACAGGCAUUUCAAUGAGUACGGCGCCCGCUGCCCCCAGAUGCAGUCCAUGAGGCGCAUCCGUGACAUGCAGUGGCACCCACACGGCUGCUACACCAUGUCCUCCAAGUGAAAUCCAGCGAGGGCGAGGAAGAGAGGGAUCGGAAGAGAGAUGGAGGCGGAGGGCGGGCACAGAGAUGGAGGAGCAUGCGGAGGCGAGAGGGCGAAGAAGGAGAGGAGGAGGGAGAGGGUGUAAUAUAUUCUCCCCAUCCCAAAUUCUCUCUUCUCUACAGAUUUGAGGGAAUACAGUAGAUUGUUAUUUUUAGUUGUUGGAACAUUCUAAUCUAUCGACUAAAGAAAAGUUAUGCAAAAGGAAGGAUGUAAUUAAUGAUAAUUACACAUAGACUGUUGAGACUAUAUCUAAUAAACAACUUUCAUUCUCCCUCUCACACCGUCAUUUUUUGUCAGCUCCCUUCCCCCAACUUUUUUCUCUCCCUCUCCCCUCCCCUCCCUCCAUCCCUCUCUCCCCCUGAAACUCUUCUUCACCAUCACACCGACGUCAGCACUCACUCAGCCCAUUAGAGUCUGACUGAUGGUAUUACCAGUGUGGAUUUGUGUGUGUGUGUAUCUGUGCUCAGAUCCUGCAGCCACAUCAACCCUAAACCCUAAUAAAGUA